ACUUUGUGUGUGAAAUAGAAAAGUUUAAAAUACGUUCUAAAUUAUGUAGAUCUACUAAAUGCAGUACGCGUACAAUGGCUAGUUAUGAUUCGGAUCAAAUUAAUUCAAGUGACAAAAAUCCACAUGGACAAUCUAACACAGAGGUCAAACUCGAUAGUAAUGUUUUAAGUUCAAAGUGUCGGAUUCAUACCAGCAAACGCUUUAAAUCUUUUUGUGGGGAUCAUGAUGAAUUGGUGUGCGAGGAAUGUGUUUAUUAUGAUCAUAGAAGAUGUAAUAACAUUGUUGAUCUAGAUAGAGUGUCAAAGGGAGUCAAGCAAUGUCAAGAAUAUCAAGAAUCAACUGCCAGCCUACAUAACCUGAAAGAUGAUCUUGAAAAAUUAAAAGUGGCCAGAGAAAAUGAUAAAAUCAGGGUUGAUAGAGAAAGAAAGAAAAUCAAAAAUAAAAUGCAAGAAGCUGCAGAAAAAGUCAAAGUCAAUUUGACAAAAUUGUUAAAAGAGGGUAAUGAAAAUCUGGAUAGGAAGUACAAGGAAUUUGAAGGAGACAUUGAUGGUGAAUUAAAGAUUCUUGAACAGUCAUUAGCAAAAGUGACUCAAAAAAUUGACGGUCUUCAAGCAGAUGAAAAAGAUGCUUUCAUUAAAAUGAAAACAAACAGAAACAUACAAACAGAUGCAAAGAAAACAAUUAAAACUGUAUCAGAGCAUGUGAGAAACGAAAGGCUUAAGUACACUGUAAACACUGCAUUUGACAAAGCUUCAACUCAGACGGAGCUCGGACGACUUUCAUUUGAAAAUGAAAAUCUUCCACCAAGACCAAGGCUGUUUCAUGAAGUAUGUGAAUAUGAUGCGAAUCUACAAGGAACGUAUAAUGUUAACAUGAAAAAUGAUUCAGUUUCUUGUCACAUUUUAGACUCUUGUCUUCUUAACGACGGAUCCAUGGUUCUUACAGAUCUUAAUCAUAACCUGUUACUUAACAUUGACCAAUCAUACAAAAUAGCGGCAUCGUGUGAAGUUCUUGGCAAACCCUGGGGUGUCUGUUCAACCAGCAAUACAGAAGUUGCCGUUACCCUAAUUGGUAAGCAAACGGUUCAGUUUGUUGCUAUAGAUGCAUUCAUGGAGUUGAAACAUAACUUUAAAGUUGGUAGGACAUGUCGGGGAAUACUCUUCAAAGAUGGGAACCUGUUUGUGUGUUGUGGUGGCGGAUCAUCCUACUGGCGUUCAUUUUUUGAGGGUCCAGGUGAGAUAAGGGUGUAUAGUCUACAGGGAAUACCUCUUACAACCUUCCAAAAUGACGAAAAUGGUAGACGUUUGUUUGGACGCCCAAGGGACAUAAUUAUUAAUCCAGAGAACAAUCUAUUUUAUAUAACAGAUGAAACAAAUGGAGUCAUCAUUCUGAACAGGCGCGGUCAAAAGCUUUCCACGAUAACAGAUAAAAAUCUCACAGCAGCUAGAGGAAUCACGUUCGACAACAGGGGCCAAUUGUUUGUUGGCUGUUUCAAAUCCAACCACGUCCUUCUGUUUGACGGAGAAGGAGUUCUUAUACAUAUACCUGUAACAACGAAAGUGGGUGUGUUGUCGGUCAGAUCACUGUGUCUAAAAGCAGGUAAUCUAGUAGUUACAGGUGAAAAUGAUGCCAUACAGGUCUUUGACUUGGCUAGAAGAUACUAAACAUUUAGCGAUGUAAUACAGACUUAGACUUGGCUAGAAGGUACUUAACCUCUAAUGAUGUAAUUUAGGUCCGUGGCAUUGAAAGCAGAUGGCGCUAUUAUACUUUAACAACUUUUACAAAUACACAACAUCAAUACAAAAAGAUAUCUUAUUGUUCAACUUUGCAGUUUAACUUGUGGAUACAAAACAUAAAACACAAGUACGUGUAAAAAAACCUUUACAGUAAAGCGUUAUUUAAUUUUAACUCUUGGGCUAAACUUAGAAGUGUUCAAAGUAUACGUAUAGACAGCGAUGUCACAAUUUAAAAGGGAAAUUACGGAAUCUUUGACUUUCAGCACAUCGAGUUAGUUAAUAGAGAAAUUCAUAUUUCAGCAUGAUAAAUAAGAAUAGAACAAUAUGUUCGUAACUGAUAUAGGAAUUCUAACAUAUCGCCAAACAUUUCUGGAGUGUUGGAAUUGUGUAUAUAACAUCGUCAUGAGAAGUGUAGUUUUGGAAUUCAUGAAACUUUUCAGUUUAACAAUAUAGUCUCAUGCAACAGUGAAUCAAGUCAUCGUCUGAUAUGCAAAUAAUGCACCAGCAAACAGAGAAUUAAACUGUUUUACAUGACCUCUGUCUUCUGCAAAUAUUCGAUCCUUCUUUGGAAUUUCACGGACAUCAAAAUAAGAUGUACUACAGACUUGUAAAUGUGUGUUUGCUAUCACUUUAGAUUGAACUAACCUGUGUUUGUAAUGAUAUGUAUAACCAAGAGCCUUAAAUUAACCAAAACAAAGGAUGGUGAUUCUAAUUAUAUCAUGUACGUAAACUGUUAAAGUACAACAAUGAACUUACUAAUUUCUACGUGAUUUUUCACGAAAUACGUCUUCUUUACAAAAUCAAACAAGGAUAAGGGAAAUUUAGAUGCCUUUAAGUCCAAGGUAAUUUUGUAUUUAGCGGCUUAGGGAGAAAACAUUUUGCCAUAUCUACUCUAUAUCGACCAGGGGUGACUAACUUAAAGGUCUCUAAGUCCUAGGAACAUUUAGAUUUUAGUGUUACAGCUAAGGUAGUUGCAUAGAGUGCUAGUCUCGCCCUUGGUUUAGUUAUUGCAAAGUGUAAGAUUAUUGGUGGGGUCUGCUAGAAUGUAUUCACAAAAUUAUACGACUCCAUUGUUUGGCCCGUCAUAGAAUAUGGUGCGGCUAUAUGGGACGGUUAGUCCUUUUCCUGUAUAAAUGCCGUCCAAAAUCGUGCCAUGAGAUACUCUUUAGGCGUAGAGAAGUACACACCAUGCUGCUGUCAUGGGUGAAAUGACUUGGCAACCCCCUUUAGUACGACAGUGGAAAAGUAUCUUUAGAUACUGGACCCGUCUUUCUAACAUGAAUAUUGCUAGACGCAUUUCACUCUGGACUACUUCUAAAGCAAACAUUAAGUGUAAAAUAGAUCAUUUAUUGUAAAGAGUCAGAUAAGCUUGUUUAAUUAAAUUGAAUGACUUUACAGAUAUGAUUGUUCCAAUUUCGGUAUAUUUUUGUUGAGAAUAUGGUUGAGAAGCAAUGGAUAAAUUUAAGAAUGAUUGGUUACACUCUAUUGUCAGUGGGCACGGUCGUAAUAAUUACGUAAAUAUAGAUUGUUAAAAUCAGAAAAUUCUCCAGAGAAAUUCUGUAAUAUGAUUCUUCCACUAAGACACAGAAUUUCGCAGUGGUGUGGUUCUUAUAAGGCUUGAAACAUGAAGCUAUGAAAGCCUUAGGCUUGAGGACAGAUUAUGUCAUAUUUGCAGUGUUCUAGAAGAUGAAAAAUAUGGGGUUUUUUUUAAUGUAGCCUUUAUGAAGACUUGCGUUUUAAUCUGCUAGAUAUUGCUGUCAAAGUUGAUCCAUGUUUUAGUUACAAGACUCUCAAUGAAAAAUUAAAUGUUUCUUUUUACUCAUCCUUCUUUAAUACGUAGCUGUGUCAAAACCUGUUUUAAUGUCUUUACAAAAACGCAGUUUUUAUCUUUUUAGAUAAUCUCGGUUAACAUUUCUUAAAGUUAUUUUAUAUAAUUUUAUUACAUCUGAGUACUAGUUGUUAAAAAAUCCACUCUCUGUAUGACUGAAGUUGGUAAAAGUUUUUCUCCUCUUUUUUUUUUAAGCUGUAAAAUUGAUUGCUUUUUGUUAUAUUUUGUAAAUAUAAAUCCUCCUUUUCAUUUUUAGGCAAUAUCAUAACAACUUCUCCUCAGUUUGUUUCUUUUUUAACACGUCGUGGCCUCAACGCGAAACUAGUCUAUCUGCUUCUUUUUCUAU